AUGGCGAAGAAGCACAAGUACGGAAGAUUAGUGUUGGUUUCAUGCAUCGCGCUUCUAGCUACCGGACUCAUUGCCGACUUUCUCUGGGCUACUUCUCAUCGAUUCUCCUCCGCCGCGAUCUCGUAUUUGUCCCCCGGAGCAUCCCUCCCCUCCUCCGUAACCACCGCUGUCGCUUCCGACCAGAAGAAAGAUACAACAAAGAAGAAGAAGGAGAGUGUUAAAGAGAGGAAAUUAUCUGCGACAUUCCAAGAUUUGCCAGCUCCUGAAUUGAAAUGGGAGAAGAUGAAAUCUUCACCUGUGCCUCGUCUAGACGGAGCUGCAAUCCAAAUCAGGGAUCUUUUCUAUGUGUUUGCUGGAUACGGAACCAUUGAUCUUGUGCAUUCACAUGUCGAUAUCUACAACUUCACUGACAACUCGUGGGGAGGAAGAUUCGAUAUGCCGAAAGAGAUGGCACAUUCUCAUUUAGGAAUGGUCACGGAUGGGAGAUUCAUUUAUAUCGUUACUGGUCAGUUUGGUCCGCAAUGCAGAGGUCCUACAGCUAAAACAUUUGUGCUUGAUACCGAUACAAAUACAUGGAAGGACUUUGUUCCUCUGCCAGUUCCUAGGUAUGCACCGGCUACACAGCUUUGGAGAGGAAGGCUUCAUGUGAUGGGUGGAAGCAAGGAGAAUCGGUUUACACCGGGGCUUGAACAUUGGAGCAUUGCGGUUAAAGAUGGCAAACCGUUGGAGAAUGAGUGGAGAAGUGAGAUUCCAAUCCCUCGCGGAGGACCUCACAGGGCAUGUGUAGUGGUGGAUGAUAGACUGUUUGUGAUUGGUGGUCAAGAAGGUGAUUUCAUGGCGAAACCUGGCUCUCCUAUCUUCAAGUGCUCACGCCGCAUGGAGGUGGUGUUCAGUGAUGUCUACAUGUUAGAUGAGGAAAUGAAGUGGAAAGUGAUGCCGUCGAUGCCAAAACCUGACUCACAUAUCGAAUUCGCUUGGAAAGUUGUUAACAACUCCAUUGUAAUCGUUGGAGGCACUACAGAGAAGCAUCCUGAAACCAAAAAGAUGGUUCUCAUCGGUGAAAUCUUCCAGUUCAACUUGAAUACACUGAAAUGGUAUGUGAUUGGGAAAUUACCAUACCGUGUGAAAACAACACUGGUUGGGUAUUGGGACGGACACUUAUACUUCACCUCAGGACAAAGAGACAAAGGUCCAGAUGAUCCUGCCCCAAAGAAGGUCCUUGCAGAGAUGUGGAGAACCAAACUCAUUCUCAACCCAUAG